CUAAAAGCCUAACUUAUUAAAACGACACAGCACAGCUCUUUUCCUUCUCCAGAAAGGAUUCGGAUUCAGUAGAGCUUCAGCAGUCUUCAUCAGCAGCCUCCCCUGAUCUGGAACUCCAUCGUGCAGCAUCUUCAACACCGUCGUGCUUCUUCCUACGACGACCAACUACAUUCCUUCGCUGAAGGCCUCAGAGAUUCCCUCUCAAACACACUCAACGUCUACUAUCCGUUCGCCGGCCGGUACAAGGACACCUUCUCCAUCGACUGCAACGACGCCGGCGUCGACUUCGUCCGAGCCCGCGUCGCUUGCGACAUGUCCGACGCGCUUCAUCAGCAGGCGGUCGACGAGGACCGUUUGCUGCCGUUCCUCGCGUGCCGUCCUCAGGGGGGCGCGUGGAUUCGGACGGCAAGCUGGUGCUUCUAGCCGUCCAGGUCAGCUUCUUUGAGUGCGGAGGAGUGAGCGUGGGUGUGUGCGCGUGGCACGGCCUCUCAGACGCCUGCACGCUCGCUUACUUCCUCAGAACGUGGAGCGGGUUUGUGAUGAAAGUUAUUGGACCCGGGGAUGGAAACGACGUCGUGGUUCGAGAUUGCACCGACGUGUUCCCUCCGAGAGACCUCUCCGUGGUGAGCGAAUAUAUGGAUAGGAGUCAAGUCGCGAUGGCCACUCCCGGCACGAGAAUCAAGAGGUUCGUUUUCGGGAGGGACGAAGUAGCGGGUCUUCGACGGGACAUCGAGGCCGCGAGCCGCGUGCAGGCGGUGUCGGCGGUCAUUUGGGCGGCGGCGAUCAGGAUCGCACGAGAAAAGAACGUCGUCGACGGUGGUGGUGGAUGUCACUUAGCCGCAAUGGCGGUCAACUUGAGGCCGAGGAUGAAGCCGGCCCUGCCGGAGCAAGUGAUGGGGAGCCUCGCAAAACUACCGGUGUUGGCCGCAUGGCCGGUGGAGAUGAACGAGGACGAGAACGACGGCUGCUGCUACUACUACGGCGCUGUGGCGGAGAAGCUGAGGGAGUCGUUGGAGAUGGUGACCGACGAGAACAUGAGGAAUGCAGUCCUGGGGAGUGAGUUUUGGGACGCGUUGAGGUACUCCGUGGAGAAGUUCGCCGGAGGGAAUCUGUUGACGAUAAGCAGCUGGUGCAGGUUCCCGUUCUACGAGGUGGAUUUCGGGUUGGGGAAGCCGGCUUGGAUGUGCUUCUUCACCAUGUGUUACAAUCUUGUGGUGCUGUUGGAUGCCGAGGAUGGGGAAGGGAUUGAAGCGUGGGUUGCGUUGAGUGGGGAGGACAUGUCGAAGUUCGAGAAGGAUGUUGGGGUACUAAAAUAUGCCACUCGCUCCAAG